AUGCCGUCCCAGCCCAGUGAAAGUGCCGCUGAGUGGGGUCGGUGGGUGAUUGAGUGCAGAAGCAAGUGGGAAGGACUAUUUUAUGGGUUAUUGGCCUGGCAGACAUUGGUUCUGCGGGUUCGGUUCCAGCAGGACAACGUUAGAAUCUCUUUGCAAAUGCACUAUGAGAAACGUUCCUCUGUUCUUUACGUAGUCAUGCCUGCUAAACAUGGCUCUGCUUCGCCGUCGAGAGCCUGCCGACACACAACGUGUUCGCCUUGUCUGUGGCAAUGCACAUGCAUGUUGUUGGAGCUGCCUACGCCAAUGUUCGUGCCCAUGGGUGAAGGUGGAUGUGUGCGGAUUUGA